AUGAAAAUAACAGAUGAAAGAAAACAGGAGUCAUUAGAAAUGUUGAGCAAAUAUCCGGAUCGUAUUCCAGUAAUCAUUGAAAGGUAUACCAAUUCGCACAUAACUGAGCUUGAUAAGGACAAAUUCCUGGUGCCAUACGAUUGCACUGUCGCUCAGUUUCAGUGGACAAUCCGUAAGAGGUGUCGAUUUUCGGCGAGUAAAGCAAUAUUUCUGUUUGUAAACCGCACUCUACCGCAGGCCUGUGCUCUCAUGGGAGAGAUCUAUCAGCAGCACAGGGAUGAGGACGGCUUCCUCUAUAUGGCUUACAGCGGAGAAAAUACUUUCGGCAAAUCAUCGACACAUCCAUAAUAUUUGUAAUGAUAUUGCAUUUGUU